AUGAGAAAGGCACCCGCGGGAGGGAUGUGCGGGCACAGCCCGGUGUUGCCCUCCCCAAAAAGGUGCGAAAGCCCUGGAUGUGCCCAGCCCGCAGAGAUGGGGCUCAGCCAGCCCCGGGGGGCCGGAGCUGAGCGCAGGAUGCUCCUCUCCGAUCCAACACGGGGGGCUGGAAUUGCUCCAGGGUGGGCAGCAGGACGCGAAUGUCAAGGUCGAAGUGGAGCCCUGGGGGUCAGCGCUGCUCGGGGCUGGGAGCAGCUCCGUGUGUCCCUGUGCUGGCUCCAGGCGGCUCCCAGAAUUCCCGGAUCCGGGCACAGCUUGUUCCCGGUGCCCGGAGCUCUGCGCUGAAGAGCAGGGAAAGAACAACCCGGCUCAGGUGUUUUGGACUUGCAGAUUGUGUUGGGGUGAACUAGAGAGCUUUUGGAGUUUUUGAGGGAGGAGACGUGCAGGUUUAACCAGGCAGAGUGUUCUCGGUGUGCUGGGAGCAGUCUGGGAGUGCUGGGGUGGGAAAUCCCAGCUCCUGGGCACGCUGGCACCAAGACUUGGUGGCUGGGGUGGAUCUGCACUGCUGGUAUGGGGUUUAUCCAAGCCAGAGACCCCACACCUUGGAAGUUCAUCCCCAAGGCUCCUCUUCUGGAGCUGCUUCACUUCUUACAGCAAGAGAAGCUGUUCCUGAGCUCCUUCCAACCCGGGGCUCUCCCCGAGCCAAAGGGAUCCGUGGCUGUUCCAGCUCUCCCCCAGCCUGGAAUCAGACACAACCUGUAGUCAGAGCUCCUCAACUGCCCUGUCUUUGAGCCUCUCAUGUCCCUGAGACCAGCUGAUGUUUGGAUUUGGAUGAGCUGGAGUACAGAGGAGAGGGUUGGAAGAGAAGCAUUUUGAUACAAACCCCUGCUGAUGGUGAUGGACCAGGGCUGGAGCUGGAUUUUGGAAGGUCAUCCCAGCCCGGGGAGGGCACGGAGAUGUCGGCUCCACACCUUCCUCUGCCUGAAGCUGCUGAAAUCUGGGAGCAAAACCAGCAGCAGGUGAUUUCCAGGACUGUCUGUGUGGCAGGACCAGCUCAGCCCGAGAACAAGAUGCCCAUGAAGUUUAACCUCCUUUAGCCUUAAAAAGUAAAAAGUUAUGGAUCCUUUGUACUUUUCCAACGCGUUCGGCGCCGAGGGCGGUUCCGGCGGCGGGAAUUCCUCCCUGCUGACGAACACGACGGAGAACGGGACCCUCCCGGAGCAGCCCCCCUUCAAGUACGUCCACAAAGUGCUCAUCCCCAUCUGCUACCUCCUGGUGUGCGCCGUGGGGCUCAGCGGGAACACGCUGGUCAUCUACGUGGUGCUGCGUCACGCCAAGAUGAAAACCGUCACCAACAUCUACAUCCUCAACCUGGCCGUGGCCGACGUGCUCUUCAUGCUGGGCCUGCCCUUCCUGGCCACCCAGAACGCCAUCUCCUACUGGCCCUUUGGCUCCUUCCUCUGCAGGCUGGUCAUGACCGUGGACGGCAUCAACCAGUUCACGAGCAUCUUCUGCCUGACGGUGAUGAGCAUGGACCGGUACCUGGCUGUGGUUCAUCCCAUCAAAUCCACCAAGUGGAGGCGGCCCAGGGUGGCCAAGCUCAUCAGCGUGACCGUGUGGACAUUCUCCUUCUUGGUGGUGCUUCCAGUCAUCAUCUUCUCAGACGUGCAGGAGGACUUUCAGACCUGCAACAUGAACUGGCCGGAGCCCGUCAGCAUCUGGUCGGCGGCUUUCAUCGUCUACACCUCGGUCCUGGGCUUCUUUGGGCCUCUGCUGGUGAUCUGCCUCUGCUAUUUGCUGAUUGUCAUCAAGGUCAAGUCGUCAGGGGUCCGGGUGGGGUCUACGAGGCGCAGGAGGUCGGAGAGGAAGGUGACCAGGAUGGUGGUGAUCAUCGUGGUGGUCUUCGUGCUCUGCUGGCUCCCCUUUUACACCAUGAACAUCGUCAACUUGAUAUUCAUCCUGCCAGCAGACCCCGUGCUGGAGGGCUUGUACUUCUUUAUGGUGGUGCUGUCCUAUGCAAACAGCUGUGCCAACCCCAUCCUUUACGGGUUCCUCUCUGACAACUUCAAGCAGAGCUUUCAGAAAGUCCUUUGCCUGCGGAAGGGCAACGGCGUGGAGGACGGGGAGCCCGUGGAACACAGGCAGGAGAACAGCAGCCGCCUGCAGGAGUCCAUGCUGACCCAGAGGAACGUGGAGUUCAACGGCCACAUGCAGACCAGCAAGGUCUGAGGGCGUGGGUUGGGGCUGCAAAGGGCUGGUGGAGCUGGAGAACUUGGGGGGCCUCGAGGAGGGAUGAAUUCGUGGCAAAGGUGAAAGGUGGAGACCCACAGGCUCCAGUAAAUGUACAUAGAAGUGGCUUCACUCCCCUCCCUUCCCCAGCUCGGAGUGGUAGGGGCCGUGCUGGGCUGUGGCCAAGCUCUCGUGGUGACCUGGGUCAUGUGGGACCACUUUGGGUCCUCUGGAGAUCUCCAGGCUUUGUACUGCCCUAGUGAUGCAAAACCACACGAAAUCAGUUUUAACCACCUUGUUAAGCUGGGCUUAUGGCUGCUCUGCACUGUUGGGAGCAGCUCAAAGCAGAAAACAGCUCAGACAGUGUCUCUGAGAUCCAUCAAGGGGAUCUCUUAUGAGAAAAAUGCUGUUUCUUAAGAGUUUCAUACCCAAAAGGCUCCAGCACUGACCUCAGAGCUGUGCAUGAGCCAUGGUUGGAACCUGCUGGGUGCUCCUUCUGCAUUGGUUUGCUGUCAUGAACCCACCUGAGGGAUUCAUGGUGCCCAGGAAUCCUUCAAACACACCAAGAAUGAGGAAAAAAACCCCAUGAUUAGGAAGACCUAAAUCCUAAACAGGUCUAAAUCCCAAAGGAUUCAGUGUAUUCAUGAUGUUCUCACAUUCUAACCCAAAGUGCAUAGAAAACGUGCUGUGACCACUCUGUUGUUCUGUCAGUGCUGAUCAUUGUGAAGUCCUGGGGAGCUGUCGUGUGUAUUUAUUGGUUCUGAAUGUCAGUCUGGACGUGAAUAUAAACUGUAUUUUCAGAAAUUAAAACAAGUUCAACCCCC